GGGAAGCGUCCAUGUUUUUACAGACAUGGAUGUAAACUGGAAGAGAAACUUGACUGUGAUGUUUCUCUGCUGCUCUCCCGACGUCUUCAGAAGGUUGAUGGUUGAGUUUCGGCGGGCAGAUCUCCCUCAUGAGCAGUUCGUCUUCUUCUACAUCGACGUGUUCGGGGACAGUCUGAACUCCACACAUGGGCAGCCGUGGGCCCGUGGAGACGAGGACGACGCCGUGGCCAAGGAGGCCUUUCAGAGUGUGAAGAUCCUGACGUACCGAGAGCCUCAGAACCCCGAGUACAAAGAGUUUGUCCGCAACCUGAAGACAGAUGCCAGGAAAAUGUUCAACUACACCAUCGAGGACUCACUGAUGAACAUCAUAGCCGGAGGGUUUUAUGACGGUCUGAUGCUCUACACUCACGCUCUGAACGAGACCAUGUCCAUGUCCGCCAGUCGGCCUCCAGGGAAAGUCGUCACCAAGAGGAUGUGGAAUCGAACCUUUCACGGUGUGACGGGACUCGUCCACCUGGAUGAGAACGGAGACAGAGAGACGGACUUCGCUCUGUGGGACAUGAUGGACACCAACACCAGCACCUUCCAGAUCGUUUUGGUGUACAACAGUUCAGAGGAGCAGCUGACGGCCAUACCAGGAACAACGCUGCACUGGCUGGGUGGAGUUCGUCCUCCUGAUAUCCCCGUCUGUGGCUUCAAGAACGACAACCCAAUCUGCCUCGCAAAGACGAUCACCAUCCACCAGAUGGUUUCCAUCGUGGUCUUCUUCAUCUUCCUGAUGACCCUCACCAUCACCGUCUUCAUCUACAGGAGGAUGAAGUUGGAGAAGGAGCUGGUGGCUCAGCUCUGGAGGAUUUCAUGGGAUGACAUCCAGAUGAGUAAUUUGGACAAAGUGCUGCGCAGUGGCAGCAGGAUCACACUGUCACUGAGAGGCUCUAACUACGGCUCGCUGAUGACUGGAGAUGGAAACCUGCAGGUUUUUGCAAAGACUGGAUACUACAAGGGGAACAUCACGGCCAUCAAAUACACCAACAGGAAACGCAUCGAGCUGAACAGGAAGGUCCUGUUUGAACUCAAACAUAUGCGAGACGUUCAGAACGAACAUCUGACCAGGUUCAUCGGAGCGUGCAUCGACCCUCCCAACACCUGUAUCAUCACAGAGUACUGUCCCAGAGGAAGUCUGCAGGACAUCUUGGAGAACGACAGCAUCACUCUGGACUGGAUGUUCAAGUACUCUCUCAUCAAUGACAUCGUCAAGGGCAUGGUGUUCCUCCACAACAGUGUCAUCUUCUCUCACGGUAAACUCAAGUCGUCCAACUGUGUCGUGGACAACCGCUUCGUCCUGAAGAUCACAGACUACGGUUUGUCCAGCUUUAGAUCUGAGAGCGACUCAGGAAAAGACGCUCACGCCUACUACGCCCAGAGGUUGUGGAUGGCUCCAGAGCUGCUCAGGAUGGAGUGUCCUCCUCCUCAGGGAACCCAGAAAGGAGACGUCUACAGCUUCGGCAUCAUCCUCCAGGAGGUAGCACUGCGCCGAGGAGCCUUUUACCUGGAGGGAGACCCACUCAGCCCCAAAGAGAUCGUGGACCGGGUGAUCCUGGGCGAGUGGCCCUGCCUCAGGCCGACCAUCGACCCCCAGAGUCACAGUCCCGAGCUGGGUCAGCUGAUGCAGCGCUGCUGGGCCGAGGAGCCGACGGAGAGACCGGAGUUCAACCACAUCCGGCUGCUGCUGCGCAAACAGAACAAGGAGUCGAGGACCAACAUCCUGGACAACCUGCUGUCCCGUAUGGAGCAGUACGCCAACAACCUGGAGGAGCUGGUGGAGGAACGAACACAAGCUUAUCACGAGGAGAAACGCAAGGCUGAGGCCCUGCUGUACCAGAUACUACCACAUUCAGUGGCAGAGCAGCUGAAGCGAGGUGAGACAGUUCAGGCCGAGGCCUUUGACUCCGUCACCAUCUACUUCAGUGACAUUGUGGGUUUCACGGCCAUCUCAGCAGAGAGCACACCGAUGGAGGUGGUGACUCUGCUGAACGACCUCUACACCUGCUUCGACGCCAUCAUCGACAACUUUGAUGUUUACAAGGUGGAGACCAUCGGCGACGCCUACAUGGUGGUGUCAGGGCUGCCGGUGAGGAACGGGAACCUGCACGGCAGAGAGAUCGCCCGCAUGGCCCUCGCCCUGCUGGACGCCGUCCGAACUUUCAAGAUCCGCCACCGCUCAGAGCAGCAGCUGAAGCUGAGGAUAGGAAUACACAGCGGUCCAGUGUGUGCAGGUGUGGUGGGUCUGAAGAUGCCACGUUACUGUCUGUUCGGCGACACCGUCAACACCUCGUCACGUAUGGAGUCCAGCGGAGAAGCGCUGAAGAUCCACGUGUCGGCGGCGACUCACGACGUCCUGCUGGAGUUCAACUGCUUCCAGCUGGAGCAAGGAAACACCCCGGACAGAAGGACGACGGAGGACAGAGAGGAGGGGAUGAAGAGGCAAGAAAGAAAUGAGGAAAGAGAGAAGGGGACAGUGAAGGAAAGGAAGGAGGGAGAAUCUGUUUCUACUGAGGAGGAAGAGGAAGAGGAGGAAGAGGAGGAAGACCAGUGUGAGCUGCUGGAUCCGGACUCAGUGUUCAUGACCUCAGCAGCAGCAGCUCGCUGCUCACUGUCUCAGGUGUGUUUUACAUGUUAG